AUGCUGUGCUCUCGCUCGGGCGAUGCCGACCAACGCUCCCACGGGCUGCCGGACUUCCCUUCGCGCUACGCGGCCUACUUCUACUACCGGUCGAACGGUUGGAUCGUGCGACCGUCGCUCGCUCUCGGCGGUGUGGACUUCCUUCUCUACGCCGAACCCCCUCAACUCCGACACGCCGCCUACGCCGUCCUUGUCGUGCCUGCGUCGUCAACCGGUCGCACUGUCCGCGACAUCACCGCGCACUUUCGUGUCGUGUCGUCGGUUGCCAAGAAACUAAUUAUCGCUCGAGUUUCUGCUCCGUCUGAUCGGGAUCUUAGUGGGGAACCCUGGGAGGCCAUAAAGAACUAUGCAAUCGAGGUCGGUUUUGUGCAUUCUCUCGAUAUCAUUUCAUUUCCUUUCCUGCCUUGUUUUCAUGAGUUUCUGUAUUUUUUAAGGAAACACUUAUAUCUCGUGAGGUGGACUUCUGUUAAUUGGUUAGCGGAGUUGGAUCGCGAAUGCACAGGCCUCUGCGUCACUGGUGGCGCGUGGGUGAAAAUAUGGAAAAUUCGCCACUUCGUCAAGGUCGCGGAAAGCGCAACAAUGCUUUUUUUCUGUAGAACUGCGUCAUUUAAUUUAGACUUCUGCCAAUUCUGUGCUUGUGGCGAUAUUCGAUGGGCGUAA